AAAAUGCCCCCUUUAUUGCCCCCAUUCCAUAGCUUAUUGCCUUUCGUCACUUUCCUUUUACCAGAUUCUCGACUCUGUCUCCUCCAUCGCUCUUUUUCAUCGAUCAGAUCUCUUCAAACCCAUCUGUCAAAACAACCCUCCACUCAUUCCAUCCAUGACGCUUGGCUCAGGAGGAUCCAGUGUUGUGGUGCCUCGGAACUUCAGAUUGCUGGAGGAGCUUGAGCGUGGAGAAAAAGGUAUUGGAGAUGGUACUGUCAGCUAUGGAAUGGAUGACGGAGAUGACAUUUACAUGCGCUCUUGGACUGGCACCAUUAUUGGUCCUCAUAAUACUGUACAUGAAGGUCGAAUCUAUCAGCUGAAGCUGUUCUGUGAUAAAGAUUAUCCAGAGAAGCCACCAAGCGUCCGUUUUCAUUCAAGAAUCAACAUGACUUGUGUUAACCACGAAACUGGAGUGGUGGAACCAAAGAAGUUUGGACUUCUUGCAAAUUGGCAGAGGGAGUAUACCAUGGAGGAUUUACUGACACAGCUGAAAAAGGAGAUGGCAGCACCACAUAACCGAAAGCUGGUUCAACCUCCCGAGGGUACCUACUUCUAGCUCUCAAGAUUAUCGGACAUCCUGGAUCUAAGUGCAUUUCUGGUAUGCAAUAUAUAGUUUGUAAUGCUUGUUGAUCUUUAAAGAAAAUAGUGGGGAAUGCCCCAAAAAGCUUCUCCAA